CUUGGGAGGCAACAUUUUCUGGCUGUGUGGGGCGGCCGCGCGGCGUUCGCGCCCGAAGUGCCAGCGCGUCUCGUCCGGUCCCCAGGAGCGCCAUGGCGGAGCUGGUCCCCCUGGCCGAGGAGCUGUCGUGCUCCAUCUGCCUGGAGCACUUCAAGGUGCCCGUCACCACCCCGUGCGGCCACAACUUCUGCAGCUCGUGCCUGGACGAGACGUGGGCUGUCCAGGAGCCGCCGUACCUGUGCCCGCAGUGCCGCGCCAGCUAUCAGGAGCGGCCGCUGCUCCACAAGAACACGGUGCUGUGCGCGGUGGUGGAGCAGUUCCUGCAGGCCGAGGUGGCCCGGGUGGCGCCGUCGCCCCCCGACGGCUGCACGCCGCCCGCCCGCGCCGCGGAGCCCAGUCCGCCCUGCCAGGUGGCCUGCGACCACUGCCUGAAGGCGCCCGCCGUCAAGACGUGCCUGGUGUGCAUGGCCUCCUUCUGCCAGGAACACCUGCAGCCGCACCUCGACAGCCCCGCCUUUCGGGACCACCAGCUGCAGCCGCCCGUCAAGGACCUGAUGCGCCGCAAGUGUCCCCAGCACAACAGGCUGCGGGACUUCUUCUGCCCCCAGCAUGAUGAGUGCAUCUGCCACAUCUGCCUGGUGGAGCACAAGGCCUGCUCGCCUGAGACCCUGAGCCAGGCCAGCGCAGACCUGCAGACCAAGCUGAAGCAUAAACUGACCAUCAUAUGCGAUCAGAUCAAUGGUGCAUCGAGGGCACUGGAGGACGUGAGAGCCAGGCAGCAGGACAUACGGGAGACUGCCCGCAGGAAGACGGAGCAGCUCAGACAAGAAUAUGUGGAAAUCAAGAUACUCAUUGAUGCCGCAGAGACCAUCUGCACACGAAAGAUAAAGGAGGAGCAGAAGAGGGUCAGUACCAAGUUCGACAACAUUUACCAGAUCCUCCUCAAGAACAAGAGUGAGAUCCAGACUCUGAAGGAGGAGAUUGAACUUGCCCUGACCAAGGAGGACGAGUUCGAGUUUCUGGAGAAAGCGAUCAAACUGCAGGGAAUCUCGACAAAGCCGGUCUACGUCCCCAAGAUGGAGCUGAAUCAGGAGCUGAUAAAGGGUGUCUGCCAGGGCACCUCAGACCUCAAAAACGAGCUGAAGCGGUAUAUCAGGCUGCCCCAGGACAAGAAGCCCGAGGGACCCACUGGCUUAGGGAACCUUGGAGAGCAUGGCCCAGCGUCCACGCACAAACCCGCACACUUUGUGAAGAAGGUCCUGAAAGAAGAAAAGAAACACAAGAAACCUCCCACUGCCUCUGCCUCACCCGUCAAUAUGCCCACCUUUGGAGCCCCAGAACAGUUACCGGGUUUAAAGCAAGCAGGCCUGGAAGCUGUAGCCAAAGCCUCCGCUGUGCAGCCGAACCCGGUGUCCCUCACGACCAAGGUGCUGGAUACCUUCUUAGCCAAGUCCAGGCCCGAGCUCCUAGAGUAUGCCACCAAGUUCAGCCUGGACUACAACACCGCCCACAACAAGGUGGCUCUGUUGGAGAACUACACUGUAGCUUCUGUGGCCGACUUGCCCCUGAACUACCAGCCACACCCCAAGAGGUUCACAUACUGCUCUCAGGUGCUGGGCCUGCACUACUACAGGAAGGGGAUCCACUACUGGGAGGUGGAGCUGCAGAAGAACAACUUCUGCGGGGUGGGCAUCUGCUACGGCAGCAUGCCCCGGCAGGGCCCCGACAGCCGGCUCGGCCGCAACAGUGCCUCCUGGUGCGUGGAGUGGUUCAAUACCAAGGUCUCUGCCUGGCACAACAAUGUGGAGAAAACGCUGCCCUCCACCAAGGCCACGCGGGUCGGCGUGCUUCUCAACUGUGACCAUGGCUUCGUCAUCUUCUUUGCCGUCACCGACAACGUCCACCUGAUGUGUAAGUUCAAGGUGGACUUUACCGAAGCUGUGUACCCGGCCUUCUGGGUGUUCUCUGCGGGUGCCACGCUCUCCAUCUGCUCCUGCAAGUAGGCCGGCCACGGACACUGACCUCUGGGUGCCCAAGACAGUGGUGGAAGGCCUGCAGGUGGAACUGUCCCAGAGCUUCCUGCGACUCUUCAGGGUUGAGAGUAUGGGAGGGGGGAGGGGGAAGUGGAGGGAGGGGGAGGUGAUGGCGCUGUGGACCAGGAAGCACUUCUGCCUCCUGGUGCCCAUCAGGGCAGGGUGACCUCCUCCCUCUUGUUCCCGUAGGUCCCCAGCUGCUGGCAGCUGGAUGGGGUUUUGGGAGGUAAAGUCAUUAGUGCCCUUUCCUCUUGGAGGGAAUCUGUAGCCACCGUGGGCCCUUUCUCGGGGCGGGGGCGGGGGGGGUGGUGUAAGGUCCUGGCCAUCUGGGGCAGCCUUUGGAUCUUAAUGUUUUGAUUACUCUCGAUAGGGCUAUUCAGCGUAAUAUAUUGAUUUUAAAAAAAUCCCAUGUCAUUGAAUUUCAGUAUUAUUCACCUCCUGUAUGUGGGGUUCGGGUGUAUGCUCAGAUUCCUGGUUAUUUUCUAUCCUUAAGGGAAACUGCCCAUCGCAGGUCUCCACCCAGAUCAGAGUUUCUAAAAGAAAUGGGUUCUCUCCCUCCACUGGAGAAUGACCCUGCUUCCCUUCCUUUCCUCGUACCUCAUACCCCGUCAACGGUUUUAAAAUAUUUAAUCCAGCAGGAAACUUUUCAGACUAAGGUUUCAAACCAUGAUCUGAACGUGUUGAAUUUGUGAUUCAAGGUCAAGGUGACCCAGGUCCCAUGUUGGGAACCCUUCCCACUCCCACUCUUGGUGGACACUCUUUGGCUGCACCCACAAGAGCCUUGCGGGAGACCUUCUUCCCAUAGCUUAGGCUUUGGAGCCAGGAACCCCACUGGGCAAGGGUGACCCUGACCUGGGUUGACAUUGUGGUGGUUUUGCUCUUACUAGCGUCGUGCCUUCUUACUGACAACUGUGCUCAUGAGAGCCUCUCAUCCGAAGGGCUGUGAGGUACUUGACUGGCUGGUGUAGAUACCACUGUGGCCAGUACAGUCGACUGGACUGCUGAGCUUGAUAUCCCUGGUCCACGAUCAUACAGACGAGUCAUGUGGGGCUACCUCCGGCACCAUGCCAGUUCUCUUGCUGGGGUGACCACCUGUGGCCAAGGGAGUCUUCUAGCAGGUCCCGUGGGAAGCAGCAACAUUCCUAUUCAUCCCUGGCCACAGGAUGCAGGCCCAGUGUGACCCUCUUGUGAGUCGCAUGCCUGUCACUGGCACUGCACUAACCCUUUCUCUUUUCCUCAUUUGAGCUAAUUCCAGAUGUGGGGACUGACCAGGCUAGGGGGCCCAGAGACUUUCAGGGCCAGUGAGAGAACAAGCUACGGGACUGAAGCACAAGGGGUAUCUUUUCCUGCAGUGUUUUCUGUGCAGUGAAAAUAACCCCAGUCCGCUAAGGGGCAGGAGGGAAUGGAUUGCCAGAAUUUCCCGAGCUCCUUCUAUCCUGAUGUUGUCAGGAUGUAAAGUCCCAGUCCAAAAGUGGGAGAAAUUUAACCUCAUUUUGGUGAAACAAAUCCUGGGCUUUCCUAAGAGGGGAGCUCAGGUCAGGCUCUUUGUAGUAUAAAAAAGAGGUCAAGCAUUGGGGACGUGGGGACCCCGGACCUUUUCUGUGAAUGUUUGAGAGUUUAACGCGUCUCUGGCCUUGUGCUGGAGUCCCGGGGCUCUCGAACCAGGCCCAGAGCUCUGCGAACUCUUGACAGGUGUGUUGAUCUGCGUCCCCUUCCGGUCAGGACCUUCACUUCCUUGGGAGAGAGAUCAUCUUUGUUGGGGAGACAUCCCUGCAAUGCCCGAGAUGCAGUUUUUAAGUUUCCUUCCUUUGACACUGGGAAGGAGAGUUCUUCGGUGAUUCUUCUCUGCUUUUGGCAGAGGUCAAAAAGAUCUUCAUCGAUCUUCUGAAACAAAAGCCUUGUCUGAAGCCAGUUCCUACUUGGGAAACAGCUAGGCUUAGAAGAGGAGAAUGCUGAGGGUUAAUCCUCGGGGUCCUGCUGUGGCUCUCCCUGCAGACCCGAGGGCAACGGAGGGAGCUCUUCCCUGGCGACCGUACGGGUCACGAUGGGGAAGCGCUGUUCUCUCUGUUUCUAAGAGGCGAGGAGGCAGCCCAAGGUGGACUCUGCCAGGUGCUCUGGAGAUGUGGAUCGAGGUGUGUGCAUCCUCGCUGUCUCGAGCCAUUCCGUUUGCGGUGGGGAGACCUCACACUCCUCUCGCCUUGCAGGGCCGCUGCCCAGCCUAGAGUCCUCAGGUUUGGGGCAACAUUGUACUCAUCUGACUUCUUGUUUGCGAAAUAAGUCAGAUGAGGUACCGGAUGACUCCACUCACGACUCUGGCCAUCCCAUCAUGGAGGAGAUUCCUCCUAGAUGGCCCCCUGGUACCCUGGGGAAGAGUCAGAAAACCCAGAAACAGACAUAAAAAUACUAUCCCGGAGUCCAGGUGUCAGGGACUGACUCAGUCACUCUGGCAUGAUCAGAGCAGGGCCAGGUUUUUGUAUUAUUCAAGACUGGCCGCUUCCCCUGUUUUAACUACUCAGAAAUGGAUCUGCGAUCUGUAACUAAUACUGGUAUGUUAUCUCCUUUAUUCCGCCUCUCCCCACUAUUGAUUUUAGUUAAUUAGUAGGAGUAUUUGUGCUAUUAUUUCACGAGCUAAUUUUUUUAAAGAGUUGAUUCUUCAGGACAUCAUUGGGGCUGUAGACACUGAUCUUUUGAAACCCAUGAGAAAUACUAGGGCCAAGGCUGGUCGACAUGCCUUAGAAGCUGUGAAUGUAAAAAGCGGUGUCUGGUAGUCUUUCUUGCAUGCAAGUCUGUGUAGACCGUGCAUAUGGUGUCUAUACACACUGAAAAGUAAAGCACUUUUCUGAGCUCUGUGAGUUCUUGUGAAUUAUUGAACCCGAGGGAGGUCAUGUGCUAUGGACUAGAUGUUCAUGUUGCCUCAAAACUCACAUGUUGAGCCGUAACUUCCAGUGUGAUGGUAUGGGGUGGGGAGAUUAGGUCAUGAAAGCGGAGCUCUCAUGAAUGGGGUCAGUACCUGUAUAAAAGAGACCACCCCAUAGAGCACCCUUGCCCCUUCUGCCAUGUGGGCACACAGCAAGAAGACGGCUGGCUGUGAACCAGGAAGUGGUUCCUCCCCAGAAAUUGAACCUAUCAGCACUGGCUCUUGGCUGGAUCUUCCAGCCUUCAGAACUGUUGAGACAUAAAUAUGUGUUGAUUUAAGCCACCCAGUUUCUGGUGUUUUUGUUAUAGCAGCCCAGACUAAGAUGCCCUGGGAGUGCAAAACGGAAUAAAGGAAACCGUGUUUAAAAUGGAGUUAGGAGGCCGGAAGGGGGAGCCCUCAGGCUGUACAACUCCUUGCAGCCUUUUGCAGACCCGAUGGGAAGAGUGGACCCUUCCUGUUGCCCACAGGAAGAAGCCUAUGCUACCCAGCAGGAGGAAGGGAGAUUUUUCUCCAACCCUGGCAACAGCCCAGCCAAUGAGACCGUCCCGAGUCAGCCAAUGAAAGGGCCCUACACUUGGAACUCCCAGUUCACACCAAUGGACCUUUUGCUUAUAACAGCUCCUUCCAACUCCCCCACUUUCCUCUCUAAAAGAAUAUUCUUCUCUUUUGUUCUCAGGCCAUGCCUGUAGUUCGUUUUGUGACUUGCAUGUCCCAAAUUGCAAUUCUCUGUUAUUCCUGAGUAAAUCUAUUUUUUGCUGGUAAAUGACUUUUAAUUUUCAAGGUUAGCAUUACCUUCUGGAUUUGCCAGUCAGCCAGAAGUGUCGGUGGCCUGGGGACCCUGAAUUGUGGUUGCUGUCUGAAGCAAAGACAGUCCUGUCCAGGCCGUGUCCUUCAGCCUGUAGAGCCCAGAUGCCAGCCUGUCAGUGGCAGAAUUGCCUCAGUGCACCAGGUGCUGUCAGCAUAGAGGUGGUGGGACUUGCAAGCUUGGAAUAAGCCCUUCCCAACCAGUCUCUCUGAAUGAAACACCCUGUCCUUGAAAGGAGCUUCCCACGUGUCUUCUCUCUGGUGUCCAGCCUCCAGAGUUUAAAGUCUGGUUUUGUUCUCUCACACCCCACCCCUCUUGCAGUUUUUUUCUUCCUGUCCCUGUACCCACAAAUAUACUCAAUAUGUCCGUUACAGACUUGCCUGUCCCUUUAGAGAUGCCACUUCGGCUUCCACGGGACAUGCUUCUGUUCCAGGACAGGACCUCCUGACUCCUUAGUAGUAGAGCAAAGCCGUGAGCACGCGUGUGUGUUUGAGGGCUGGUUCUGAGCUCUCUGUGGUUGCGGGAGUGCCGCAUUCACUGAUUGUGGGCUCUGUCCUGGGUCUUCCCUCUGUUUUCUCACCUCAUUCCAGGUGGUCUCGAAACACCCCUGCAUCUCGAAUGAUGGACGGACCCCAGCCUUUGCUGACCCUGUAGGGGCGGUCUCCCUGCGCUUUACAAGAGUCUCAAUACAUAAACUGUAGGAAGGCUCUAGAAAAACAGGUCUGAGUGAGGGGAUGAGAAGAGACACUGAUAUAAUAAGGAAAGCAAGUUGAAAGGGGUAAUUUGAGUGAAAACGUCUCAUGACUGAUGAUUUCCCUAGCCUAUCUUUUGUGACAAGAUUUUCUGUGCUGACCAGGUGUUUCCUCUCAGAAGUCCAGACACUUGAGGUUUUUCAUGUUUCCCCAUGUGCUCCUGGAUUUUCUCGAUUGAAAACGUGUAGGUGGGGGCACAUCCCCUCCCAGCUGGAUUUUGAAAAGUUCCUGGUUGAAUGUCCACAGGGGGUCCUGCUGGGCGGCCUCCCUCGGGAGUUUGCUGAGGAAACACUGAUGCAUGGGGGCUAGGGUGAGGCGGCAUGCCAUGGUGCUUCUAGGAGGUUCAGCUCCCACGUUUGUAGUUUUGGGGGCAUUUAUUGUGCUUGGUGUUCUGUGAGCCUCCUGGGUCUGUGGUUUAGCAUCUGGCGUUAAUCCUCGGUCAUUAUUCUCUCAAAUAGUUUUGUUCCUUUUUCUUCUGGUAUUCCUAUUGUGUGUAUACCCUUGGAUGCUCUGUUCUAGGGUUUUGUUGGUUUUUUUUUUUCAGUCUGUUCUCUGCUUUUCAGUUUCUUAAAAUUUUUUUUAUUUAAAUUGUUUUUAAUGUUUAUCUUUGAAGGAGAGAGAGACAGAGCGUGAGUGGGGGAGGGGCAGAGAGAGAGGGAGACACAGAAUUUGAAGCAGGCUCCAGGCUCCAAGCUAUCAGCACAGAGCCCAAUGCGGAGCUCAAACCCAUGAAUCAUGAGAUCAUGACCUGAGCCCAAGUCGGACACCCAACCGACUGAGCCACCCAGGCGCCCCUCUGUUACUGGUUUUUAACUUCAUUCCAUUGUGGUCUGAGAAUGUACUUUGCAUUGUUUGAAUUGUUUGAAAUGUAUCAAGUUUUGAUUUAUGAUUCGGAAUAUGAUCUAGCUUGGAAAAUGUUCAUGUGCACUUGAAAAGAUUGUGUAUGUUGCUGUUGUUGAGUGGAGUUAUAAACUGACCAGUUGGUCAAGCUGGUUGACAGUAUUGUUUGAGUCUUUUAUUUAUAUCCUUACUGAUGAUUUAUGUCUUCUUAUAUCAAUUCUUGGGAGAAGGGUGUUAUACAACCUCAUAUAACCUGUCUUUCUUAUAGGCAGCAUACGUUUGAUUCUUGCUUCUUUUUGCAAUCUGACAAUUUCUGUUUUUAAUUGAUACGUUUAGACUGUUUACAGAAUGGGAAAUAAUGCCGUGGUCAUCAUGGAAAAAACUGCCCUGAUUCUGUUUUUUUAUUUUUAAUUUUUUUAAUGCUUAUUUUUUGGGAGAGAGAGAGUGCAAACAGGGGUGAGGGAGGGGCAGAGAGAGAGGGAGACACAGCAUAGAAGCAGGCUCCAGGCUCUGAGCUGUUAGCACAGAGCCUGACGCGGGGCUCGAACCCACGAACAGCAAGAUCAUGACCUGAGCUGGAAUCAAAGAGUCAGAUGCUCAACCGACUGAACCACCCAGGCGCCCCUUCUCUUUUGUAUUUUUAAAAAAAAAUUUUAAUGUUUAUUUACUUUUGAGAGAGACUGCGAGCAGGGAAGGGGCAGAGAGAGACAGAGACGCAGAAUCUGAAGCAGGCUGUAGGCUUCGAGCGGUCAGCACAGAGCCCGAUGCGGGGCUCGAACCCAUGAAGCGGAGAUCAUGACCUGAUCCGAAGUCAGACGCUUACUUGACUGAGCCCCCCAGGCUUCCCUUCUCUUUGGUACUUUUGAUCGUUCUCUUUCCACUGGGCAGGUCCUUCCCCCACCCCCCCCGUGCUGCCCCGUCCUGUGUUCCUUAACAAAGCUACAGUAGUUAGUGAAAACCCCACCGAUGUGUCAAAUCAGGUGUAGCCCAAGGGCGUGCCUCCCCAGGUCAUAGGUCAUCUUCUGUUGCUCUGUUUAGGACACUUGUCCUACAUGUUCCCAGAUAUGCCUCUGGGGUCAUUAGCGGUUCCUUGAGUGGAACUCUGAGACGCGUCCCUCCAUACAACGCUACUGUUGCUCUCGUAGAGGGCUGACUUAUUCAUUCAGUGAAUACUUUUGGAGUUCUUAUUAUAGAUCAGGUAUUGUUUUCAUGCUGGGGAUACAGCAGUGAAAAAAAGCAAAUCCAAAUCCCUGCCUUCCUGGAGUCUACAUUCUAAUGGAACAGACAACACCGAUAAAUGUUAGGGAAAAAGUGCUAUAAAGAAAGUAAGGUAAGGACAUAGUAUGAUAGAUUUAUGUGUGGAUGUGCUGGUCUAGAUAAGGGGUUCAGGGAAGAUCCCACUGAUGGGGUGACAUGAUCAGCAUCCAGAAUGAAGUGAAGUAGAGGGUCAGACCACAUGAAGCUCGUGGAGAAGAGCAAAGGCCCUGUGGCAGGCAUGUGUCUGGUCUCUGGAGAACACUGUGGCAUAGUUUUGGGUUUUAUUCCAAGUGUGAUGUAAUGAGAGGAAGGCCACACUUCCCUGUAAUUCUCUCUCGUUUCCCUCCAGAAAGUAAGCUCCAUGAGGGCAGGAAUUCUGUCUUUUUUGUUCACUGCUAUUUCAUAAACACGCAGAAAAAUGCCCGGGACUUAGUAGACACACAAGAAAUGUUUGUCAAAUAUGUGAAUGAACAUCACAAAUACAAGCUCCAGUGUGCCUAAAAGACCGCUGUUAUGUUUGGGAUCAGCCAGAGGAGUUUAUAACAGAGAAAAAAAGGAAUAUUGAAUAUCUGAUGCUAGACAUGACUAUUUCCAGAGUCCUGAGAAAAAAGAAAAAGCCAAAGUUAAAUCCUUUGCAGGCGUUCCCUUAAGGCUCUCUGGAGCUUAGCCUAUCUUUUCUGUGCUGGGUCCAUCUGAUUUUAGUGGGAAGAGAGAGAGUCCUUUCCUCAACCUGAAACAGAGAAAACCUCCCUACCCCAGUGGGAAACUCAUCAACCCUUCACAGGGAUUGAUUUUGCCCUGGGUUUUACUUCUCUCCAUGUCUCCCUACAAGGCAAUGUAUAGGAGCAUUUUCCCUAGCACCUAGGUAUUUAGUCUGAAUGAUUGUCAGACUUCUGAGGCAUUUGAGUCACCUGGAAGACUAAUUACAACAAAUUCCGGGGCUCCAUCCCCAGAGUUUUGGAUUCAGAAGGUCUAGGGUGGGGCUUGAGACUUUACAUUUCUAGCAGGUUCUCAGGUGUUGCCAAUGCUGCUGAGCUGGGGACUCACUCUGGGAAUCACUUACUGGUCUAGAAGAACACCUCAGGGGGCAUCAGCAAAUACAUCCAUCUGGCCUUUUGUGUGUCAAGUUCGGGCCCCAUUGAGGUCCACCACUGUGAGUGGAAGAGAACUCUGCGGCAUUCUACGUGGUGGGGCCAUCCCUCAUGUACUGAUACCCUCACUUCCCUGGCUUGCAUCACACUUCCCUUCCCCUUUCCUUUCCUGGUUAUUUGUCAUUUCAUCCUCUGCUGAUUCUGCUUGUCCACUCCCUCCCCUAAAGGUGAUUGAUUGUCCAGAGUCCCUGCUAUCCUUACCUCAACAUUCUGCCCUCCAAGAACCCACCUACCAUCACCAUCAUCACCACCAUCAUCGCUGACAUUCAUUUCCACUUACUGGGUUCCCGGUAACAUAUCAGACUUUACAUGAACAUAUUGGUUAGGAUGCUGCUUUUGAUGGCAAUGAACAGAAAACCCAACUUAAACAGAUUGGGAAGAUUUUCAUCUCACAUACCAAGUAGGCCUGAGGCAGGGCCGUUCCAGGGUCGACUGACUCAGUGCCUCAACAUUGCCCUCAAUGGGUCUUUCCUUCUUUCCACACUACCAUUCUUGGCCAGUUGGCCUUGUCUUCAGGCUUGCUUACCUCAUGGUCAGAAAAUGGCUGCAGUGGUUGUAGGCAUUCCACAUGGUCAUGACAUUGUAGACCAUAACGUGUUAUGUUAUUAGAUCUUCUAAGCAACCUUGGGAAGCAGGUUCUACAUUUUUUUUUUUUUUUUUUUUUGUAGAUGAGGAAAACAGGCUCAAGAGAUGAUGUUAGAAUCUGAAAGCAUUAUGCUAUGUAAAAUAAGCCACACGCAAAAGGACAGAUCAUGUACGAUGCUACUUAUCUGAGGUACGUAGCCUAGACACAUUCAUGAAGAUAGAAAGCAGAACCGCGGUUCCCAGGGGCUGGAGGGGGCAGGGAAUAGGGAGUCAGUGUUCCAGUUCCCAGGCUCAGUUGGGGAAGAUGAAAAAGCUCUGGAGAUAGGGGUGAUGGUUGCACAACAUUGUGAAUGUACUUAAUGCCACCGGAUUGUACACUUAAAAAUGGUUAAAAUGAUCAAUUUUAUGUUACGUAUAUUUUACCAUCAGCGUGAGAGAGAGAGAGUCCCAAAAUGGCCACAGCCCUCUUUUCAUUUCCUCAUGCUCUUCCAGAACCUUCCCACACCCUCGCUAAGAGUCCAAGCCUAUUUCUCAUUUUGUUGAAACUCAGCAGUUCACCACCUUGGUGAUAGAAGCAACACUGUGUGACUUCUGAGGCUAGGUCAUAAGAGGAGAUAGGGCUCCUGGGGCGCCUGGGUGGCUCGGUUGGUUAAGCGUCUGACUUCAGCUCAGGUCAUUGUCUCGCAGUUUGUGGUUUUGAGCCCCGCCUCGGGCUCUGUGCUGACAGCUCAGAGCCUGGAGCCUGCUUCGGUGUCUGGGUCUCCCUCUCUCUCUCUCUCUGCCCCUCCCCUACUCAUGCUCUGUUUCUCUCUUUCUCUCUCAAAGAUAAACAAACAUCAGGGCACCUGGGUGGCUCAGUCAGUUAAGUGGCUGACUUCAGCUCAGGUCAUGAUCUCAUGCGUCUUGAGUUCAAGCCCUGCAUCAGGUUCUGUGCUGACAGCUCGGAGCCUGGAGCUUGCUUCGGACUCUGUGUCUCCCUCUCUCUCUCUGCCCCUCCCCUACUCAUGCUCUGUUUCUCUCUCAAAUAAACUAAAAAAAAAAUUUUUUUUUUUUUAAAGAGAUAGGGCUUCUGCCUGGCUCUCCUUUUUGGAACGCUUUUCUGGGAACUCAGACAUCGCAUGUGAGGGAGCCCCAGCCCCAGCUGGAGUCCCGACCCACAGGGUGUACGAAUGAGUGAGGUUUCUGCCAGCUCAGCCCCCAGCAGACACCGGGCGGAGACAUAGACUCAUGUGAGAAAUGCAGAGUCCCGCCCAAGUUGCAGAGUCAGGAGCAAAAUAAAUAUUCUUACUCAAAGCCACUAAGUUUUCAGGUAAUUGGUCACAUGGCCAUGGUGACUGGAACACACACGUAGUGAGUGACAGUCGGAACCUGAACCCUGGAGCUGAAAUGCACUUGGUCACACCUCUGCUUCUCCGCAAAUGACACACAGAUCUGCACCUGUAGUUGCGGCCGGCCCCGAUCAGGUCUACACGAAGGUCCCAGUGUAACUUCACGGUCUGUGCAGCUAUUUAGAACCAAGCUCAUCUUCUGUUGCUCGGAACCAGCUGUCCCUUAUGUGGAGGAACAGCUCAGCCACAGUAUCACGGUGUCCUUGCACAUGUCAUCCACUUAGGCCAAGGCUCGAACCACCCCUUCACUAAAUCUUGGCAGAGUGCCUCGCGAUCCUCGCAGACGUGAGCGGAAGGAGCUGGUGCAAGGCCAUCUUCUGUUUGCCUCCUAUCUCUCCUGGGAAGCUGUCAGGAGAAAGUUUCGCAUUUCUCCGGGGUUCCGGUGAGGCGUGGGUUUCAGACUUUCACACCGCCUCCCCGCGGUCUCGAGCCAGCUCUUCAGCACGGUGUGCUCCAGGACUCACCCUGCAGUCACCUGGCCCCUCUUGCUCUGCUGUGGUGGUUUUCAGUGAGCCGAAAAUCCCAGGGAGCUCGCACCAUUGGCUAAUUCUUUUUGCUGCCUUUAUUUACUUAUUUUUAAGAAAUGUUUACUGGGGUGGCUGGGUGGCUCAGUCGGUUGAGUGUCCGACUUCAGCUCGCGUCAUGACCUCGCGGUUCAUGAGUUCGAGCCCCGCGUCGGGCUCUGUGCUGGGAGCCUGGAGCCUGCUUCCGAUUCUGUGUCUCCCUCUCUCUCUGCCCCUUCCCUGCACACACUCUCUCACUCUUAAAAAUAAAUACACGUUUAAAAAAAUGUUUAUUUUUGAGAGAGGGCACAUGAGUGGGGGAGGGGCCGGGAGAGGGAGACCGAGGAUCGGAAGCAGGCUCUGCGCUGACAGCAGAGAGCCUGAUGCAAGGCUUGAACUCGUGAACUGUGGGAUCAUGACCUGAACCAAAGUUGGAUGCUUAACCGAUUGAGCCACCCAGGCACCCCUCUUUAAGUAAUAAACUGUCUAAAUCGAAAAGCGGCUCCUUGUAACUUCACUGGUUGAAUCAGGCCUUGGCCUUGGCCUUGUAUGUGUGAGUUUGAAACCCUGCACUUCUCCAUUCCUAUCUUUUAUGUAUUCACGGUCAAUAUUUAUUGAGCAAAUCCAUUCUUCCAAGGCUCGAAAUCUUGAGACUACUUAAUCCUUUCCUCGAGGUAUCCUUCAUCCAGAUCUGUCCAUUCUUCGUCUAUAAAUGUUCUCAUUUCUGCUUCUGUUUCCAUGUCUGUUGUCUCCCUCAAGCCCUCGUCCACUCACUCCUAGAUUGUAGUAAGAUCCUUGAACUAGGCUUCCUGUUUCCAGUCCUUCCCCUUAUAAGUCAUCUUUCACGGUACUGCCCGAGUAAUGUUAAAAUGCCAUUUUGUACAUGGCACCCCAAAGUUUACAGGCUUGAAGUCGACAUGCUUUAGCUUCAUGUUCAAGGCUCUACAAUUUUUGCCGUACGUAUCUCCACAUUAAUCUUCUCUUAAUCCUCCACAUUAACUUUUUCUUCUCACCAGCUUGGCCAACACAGUGUUCUUUGAAUAUGCCAGAUGGCAUCUCCUAUGAAGUUCGGGCUAAGUGCCACUUUCUUCCCGAAGCGUUUCUCUACCACUAGCUCUCCUGACCUCGUGUGCCACUGAGUUCUCUGUAGUACUCAGUGGGUCUGUAGAUGAGUCAGAAAAGAAAAUGACUAGAGAUGGCAGAAGAUAACCAGAUAGUACAGGUUUAUUGACAGUGGAUACUAAAUGUUUGAGAUACCCCCGCUGGGCCUGGUGUUCUUGGCUCAGAAGUUAAGUGGAGGGGUGCCUGGGUGGCCCAGUGGGUUGAGCGUCCAACUUUAGCUCAGGUCAUGAUCUCACAGUUUGUGGGUUCGAGCCCCGCAUCGGGCUCUCUGCGGUCAGCACAGGGCCCGCUUCAGAGCCUUUGUCCACCUCUCUCUCUCUC